AAAUGACGAAGAAGAGGAAUAUACAUUACUCAGAGGAAGUGAGCAAGUAACAUUACUCCAAUGCUAUAGGCCCAUGCCCACAGUGGAAACGCUUGUGUCAACCUGAAAGCUUGACGUACUUCAGUUUUCAAAGAGACAUUUUCAACAAAUGGCUUCAGCUGACAACAAGUUAUACUUCAUUAUAACUGCAAACUCGCCUUCACUCUAUGGGUACAUAAACGUCGGAGAAAUAUGCUUCAUAGAUAAGCAACGAUAUAAUGAAAGGCAAAAAAGACAACAAACAGACAUUUUACCUGUUGUUCGUAUGGGAACAUUAAUUGAUACAUUCCUUGAUAAAGUACUUCUGCAGCCAUUGUCACGCAGAGAAGCAGAAUUACUGAUGGCUCUUGAGUCCAAUGAUGACCGACUCUUGGCCCUGAAAGAUCCUGAGGCUUUAGAAAAAUCUUCAAAACUGUCUGAAGGCUGUCAGGUUCGCGUGGAAUAUAAAGAGCAGUGGCUCAAAGGUGUGAUUCGAUACAUUGGCAGACUCACAUCUCAUAUUUCUGAUCCUAUAACAGGAGUCUUCUUCGGGGUGGAACUGCAGGGGGGAGAUAAAGGAAAAGGCCAAAAUGAUGGUUCCUGCUUCCGAAAAACAUACUUCACAUGUUCUAAAAACUCAGGCAUUUUUGCACCUUUUACAAGAAUCAAACCAGUGGAUCAUAAACCUUCAGCACCACCUCUACAUACUCAAUCUCCCCUGUCCAUGACGUCUACGGAGCCUCUCAAAGCUGGAGACAGAGUAACCUUUUUUGGUGACAAAAAUGUUCAACAUGGCAUGGUUAUGGAUAUAAAUGACCACCCAGAUGGCAAAAUGGUUCUCAUAUCUACUGAUAAGGAUGAAGAGGGGAAGCAAGGAGGAGAGAUAGUGAUCCCACUGGAUUGUGUAAUUAAAGAGGAGCUGUUAAAUAAAGAUGAAACUGAAAAAAUGAACACUUCUCAGGGCCCAGGGAUGGGGGGUAGUACUGAUUCUGAUGAAAUCACUGUUGGCUCCCUAGUGCAGUUUCUGGGUAAAAAAAUAUUUUAUGGUAUUGUCCGCUGGAUUGGCCAGUUACCCGAUUACCCUGGGAUGACUGCCGGACUGGAACUGGAGGACAGCAGUGCCGGCGUGAGUGAUGGAACAUAUAAAGGAAAACGGUACUUUAACUGUCCUCCUUACUGUGGUUUAUUUGUGAAACUCUCAUCUUGUCUGCCUGAUGAUCGCUUUUCUGCUGUAAAGAAGAAGCUGUUCAAUGGACAGUCUGAUAAUGAUGAGGCAAUGUUAUCUGAGGAACAGGAGAAUGUGCCACCUAUUAGAACAGAAGAUGUGUCAAACCGACUGAUUGGUAAGAUGAAAGGCAUUCAGGGUCACUGCAACUCCUGUUAUAUGGACUCUGCCCUGUUCAGUGUGUUUUCCUGUUCAUCAGUUCUGGAUUCUCUGCUUUUUAAGACUACAGGAUAUGAAACCAUUCAAAGGAUCCUGCUAAAGAACAUUGUUAACCCUCUCCGCAAACAAGGUUUUGUAUCAGAGCACAGUGUGAUGAAUCUUCGGAAACAGUUACAGAAACGGGAACACUGCCCCACUUACACCACAGAUGAGAAGGAUCCCGAGGAGUUCCUCUCUCUUAUCAUGCAGGAAAUUUUCUUUCUGGAUCCACCACUCAUACUCUGCAGCCAAACAGGAAGCACACCAAAAUUGCAAAGUUGUUACUACUACCAAAUCUUUAUGGAUUAUAACCACCAUUUAGUCCUACCGACAGUUCAGCAGCUACUGGAACAUUCAUUUUACAGCAACAGUCUCAAACUGUCAGAGGUGCCUUCCUGCCUGAUUCUUACUAUGCCUCGCUCAGGGAAAAGUUUCAAAAUGUUUCCAAAAAUCAUUCCUUCUACAGAACUGGACAUCACAGGUCUUCUUGCAGAUGGUCCUCAGCAGUGCGUGUUGUGUGGUCAGCUAGCAAUUUAUGAGUGUGCGGAGUGCUUCAGAGACACAACGUUUAGUGAUACAGGAUUCAAAUAUUUCUGUGAGAAAUGUUCCACUCAGGUGCACUUACACCAGCAGCGUCGAUACCACAAACCCAGCCUCCUGCUUCUUCCUCAGGGCUUCUCUUACUCACAGAGUUCAGGGUCAGAUCGCCUCACUCUUCCAAGGGAGAAACUCGAGCUGUUUGCUGUGCUGUGUAUAGAGACCAGCCACUAUGUCUCUUUUGUCAAAUAUGGACCUCAGGAUACUGACUGGAUCUUCUUUGAUAGUAUGGCUGACCGCGUUGGUGAAAGUGAUGGCUAUAAUAUCCCAGAAGUACGUGCAUGUCCUGAGGUUGGCCAGUACCUACAUAUGCCUCUGGCUCAGCUGGCUAAUCAAGUGCCUCGAGAAAUGGAAGGUGUGGCAAAGCGACUCUUCUGCGAUGGUUAUAUGUACCUUUAUCAGAGCAAGACCAUGUGUCUAUAUCGAUAAUUAAAUCAAUACGUACGGUACAUGUCAAUAAAUGAGAAUUAUAUAGGAAUAGGUCUGCUGAGUAAUGGAUUCUAAUAAUGAUAUGUUCUUUUUAAGGAAAAUUGUGAAACUAUAUGCUUCUGCUCCAUAUUUGAGCAUUUAUCUAUCAAAUAUUUACACUUUCUUUUGGAAUUAUUUACUUUCUGUAUGGAAUUCCCAUACUGCAUUGCCUGGGUGGGUGGUACACACUGGUGUCAAGCGAUUAAGACUUGAAUAAAAGCACACAAAUUGUUCAAGUAUGUGUAUAAGAAAUAAUAUGUAAAAUAAUUUUCGAAUAUUAACAAAAUGGGUUUUUAUUUAAAAAAAAAUUUCAAAUGCGUAUUUCUUACCUACUGUAGCUUGCUGCCUUAUUCAUGGUAAUAGAAAAGGGAGUCAAGACAUUUUUGCUUACAUUUAAUACUGACAAGAUAAAGAUUUUGUUUCUGUAACAAAUGAAGUUGAUGACUUACAGAAUUCUAAUAGCAAUUUUCAAUUGUAUUGGUUCAUGAGGUUCUGUGUUAAGAUUUCUGGCUUCUGAAUAACAUUGUGAGCAACAUAAUAUGUAAAUACUGUCACAAAUUAUCUGUAAUAUUUUGAUUCUUUAAUUUGUUUGUUUUAGUCUAUUUGAUUUCAUUUCGGUGAAAAAGAUCAACCAAAAAAUAAAUAUGUCUUGACAGGAA